AGUCCGGCGAAGCAAAUCCACCGACAGGUGAGUGAUCGAGUAGAAAGCCGGUGCCGGGAGCAGGAAGAGGUAGGUAGAAGGUCCAUGGUAGCAUAUGGAUCAGCCAAAGCUUGAGCUCGAAAAUAAGCCUUAAGGCGGACACGAAUGCCGCUCCGUUUACCCCGCUUCCUGUAGCGUUUCUUGCGGCAGGCAGGAUACGCUGGUGGAUGAGACCGAGCGCAUCAAGCUGGCGCCUCCCAAGGUCCAUCGUGAGUCCGAGUCAUGAGAUUGAGAAAAACGAAGGUCCAAAAGCAUUUGCCGGUCAUAGAUGUUCUUCUAAUUUUCAUAGACAAGGUUGGAGGAAGAGGGACUCAAGAAGUUAUCAUUGGUGACGAUGCCUGACACUGACACUGACACGAUUCGGCACAUCCGCAGACCUAAACCUCCAUGUGUGGUAGUAGGAUGUUUCCAGGUGAUUUUGUGCGUCAUGCCCAUUGCUCAGUUCAUCAUUGGAGCGUUGUACCAGUUUGACUGCCCCAGGCAGCGCUACAUUCCCAUCUACCUGCUGGUGAUGGGAGUGGUCUCCAUGCUGCUGGGUCUGCUCUCCAUCCUUCCGUGUUGCGCAGGCUUCGGCAGCCACAGCAGCGCCUGGACCUGCCUCGUCUCACUCUUCUUCUUCUGCUGGUUCAUUGCUGGAAAUGUGUGGAUCUACUCCGUCUAUGAGCCCAACUACAAUAAGACAGUAAGCAGGGAUGUGUACUGCAACAAGACGCUCUACCUGUUUGCCUUCUGGACCACCAACAUGACCUACGUCCUGUUCGGCUUUUUGCUUUUCUGUACCUGUUGUCCGUGUACUCUGUGUGGUGAAGAUUAAAAUACAUACACAAAAUAUUUUAUGGUGCAGACUUGAGAUCAGCGACCCACAUUUACAUACUGCUGGGAUGGGCUGAAUUUUAACAGUCGGGGGCACAAGCUCAGUAACCUCUUAUUGGUUUGACUUAUUGGCGUGUGUAGAGCUCUGUCUUUACAUUAGUCUCCCCCUGUGCCAUGAAUUGAGUGCAGAAAAUAUCAACAGAUAUCAAAGAUAUUAAUGUCACUGCGCUAGAUGCAAAGAUAGGAAGUGUGAACUUUCAACGAACUAUAUCAUGGGAACAAUAAACUACCACGUUGUAACUGGUUCCCUUCAUAAGAGAAAAAUAAAAAUAUUUCAGUCUU